AGGAAUUAUUGAAGGAGUUCCAAGACAUUCUUCCUAACGAUCUUCCGAACGAGCUACCGCCAUACCGCACACAUCAACACGAGAUCGUGGAGGAACCAGGUUCGAAGCCGACCUUCCGAGCACCAUAUCGGCUCAGCCCUACGGAGCUGACUGGCAUGAAAAAACAGAUCGAGUAUCUCCUAGCCAAAGGACUCAUCCGACCAUCUACUUCGCCAUACGGUGCCCAAGUGCUCUUCACACCGAAACCGGAUGGAAGCCUGCGCAUGUGCAUCGACUACCGAGCUCUUAACAAGCAGACCAUCAAGAAAAAAUAUCCGAUACCACGAAUCGAUGACCUGCUUGACCAGCUUCGGGGAGCUACGAUAUUUUCCAAAUUGGAUCUGCGGAAGCCCGAACGCGACUACGUUAUCGAAGCUGACGCCAGUGACCAGGCAGUGGGAGCAGUCUUGAUGCAAGAUCAAGGAAAUGGACUGCAACCAGUCGCCUACCUCAGCAAAAAACUUCACGGGGCAGAACUAAACUACCCAAUACAGGACAAAGAGGCCCUUGCCAUCGUCAUCACCUUCAAAGCGUGGAGAUGUUAUCUCGAAGGACGAAGAACAGCCGUCUACACUGACCACUGCAGCCUAAAAUAUUUGAAGACACAACCCAACCUUUCCAGGCGGCAGUUCCGGUGGAUUGACUUCCUCGAGACACACUUCCACUACGACAUCGUGUACAAGCCCGGCCACAAAAACAAAGCAGAUGCACUCAGCCGGCCUGCACACCCUCUUCCUGUCCCAGAACAACCAUGGCAAGUGGUUAGCUUGGACUUCAUCACCGGGUUACCACCUACCACCAGCGGUCAUGACGGAAUCCUUGUCGUCAUCGACAAGUUCUCCAAAAUGGGACACUUCAUUCCGACACACACGACAGCACGCACCGAGGAGACAGCACAACUAUUCGUUCGAUACAUCAUCUCACAGCAUGGCAUUCCAACCACACUUAUCUCCGACCGAGACCCCAAGUUCACCAGCAAGUUUUGGAAGGAACUCAUGUCUCUGCUCGGGGCCAAACUCGCCAUGUCAUCCGCUUACCAUCCGCAGACAGACGGACAGACCGAGCACCUCAACCAAAUUGUUGAGCAACUCUUCCGAGCAGCCUGCAAGGACGAGAUCUCCAAAUGGGACCUGCACCUGCCCGUUCUAGAGUUUGCUUACAACAACGCUACACAUGCCGCUACUGGACAGACGCCGUUCUUCCUCUGCUACAGACGCCACCCACUCACACCACAGAAACCGACAACAUCCGCUACAUUCCAACCUUCUAAACUCCUUUCAACACAAGAAAUGAAAAGUAGAAGAAGAAGAAGAAGAAGAAGAAGAAGAAGAAGAAGAAGAAGAAGAAGAAGAAGAAGAAGAAGAAGAAGAAGAAGAAGAAGAAGAAGAAAUAACUGAAACACUUCGCACACCAGCUUCACA